AUGAGCCACCGCGACGGCGACGCUUUUGAUCGUGUCCACCCGGACUUUGUCGAUCUCAUGUUUCGAGUCGGUAUCGACCCGCCUAUAAACCCCUCUUCUGAGGAUGCCAUGGCUCGGAGUAUAUAUCUGGCUAUUCAAAUGGCGGAUGCGGAUGAGCAGGCUGAGUUGAUGUCGAGGAUUGUCCCCGAGGAGGAGUUAGCAGCUGAGCGACUUAAAGAGGGGGACUUUCGCAAUCUCGAUCACCGGAUUACGCUCGAUGAGGUGGAGAGACUGGCUGCUCUUCGGGCGACACCUGAACCUAAUAGACAGGUUGAUCGACGGGGCGGUUACCUUGGAGAGUGCAUCAUUUGUGGUGUGUUACCUGCCGAGCAGAGUUCUGUCUCAUUUGUGGUGAGCGUUGGAAGACGUGCGACUGCGAACUAUACGGAGGACAUAAUCACAUGGUGCCUAUGCGACGCCGGCCUGGCCGAAAGCCGGACCGGUACCGUCGAGCUCCACGAAAUGUGGAAGCUGUCGAACCUGGCCUGA